GUUGAGAAGCAGAGUAUGUCUCGGUACUACCCCGGCGGAGGCGGUGGCGGUGGAGGCCGCAGUUGCUACCGGUGUGGCGAGGAGGGCCACAUCUCGCGCGACUGCCCGAGCGGCGGCGGUGGUUAUGGAGGUGGCGGCGGAAACCGCUCUUGCUACUCGUGCGGUGAGGAGGGUCACAUCUCGCGUGACUGCCCGCGCGGCGGUGGCGGCGGCGGCGGCAGCCGCGCCUGCUACCGUUGCGGAGAAGUGGGCCACAUCUCCCGCGAUUGCAGCAGCGGCGGUGGCGGUGGAUACGGUGGUGGAGGCAGCCGGGCGUGCUACCGGUGCGGAGAGGAGGGCCACAUCUCGCGGGAUUGUCCCAGCGGAGGUGGUGGCGGCGGCGGUUUUGGCGGCAGGAGCCGGGCAUGUUACUCGUGUGGCGAAGAUGGCCACAUCUCUCGCGACUGCCCGCGUGGAGGAGACAGGCACUAGACUCGCUGAGCAGGCGCGGGCGCAGGGGUGAUGUCGAGCACACUGGCGUUCAUACACCAUUGUACAGAGAGGGGGAUCAUUCACGAUUCAUAUGAGACCUUGCAGAGGCGCUGAGGCUGGCUGGGCCUGUCGUACGGCGGCGGCGAUGUUCAGAGACGAUGUCCCCGCAGGGUGGGACGAUUACGGGAUGCGCGGAGAUGACAGACAUUGAGUCGACUCCAGAUACACACCAAAAUGUUGGCUAGUGGCACGAUGAAAUACAAGGCUAAUGGAUG